AUGCAACCGACCCUCCAGCUCCGGUCGCUUCUGACUUUCGGCUUUUGUUUUUGGUGUGUAAAUGCGGCGCCGAGAAUCGAUGUCACGGAAAGGAAUCGACCGCAUACGACGGUAAGAUUGGAUGAGCCGGUUUGGGUGGAGAUCAAGCUGCCCUCCUGGGAGACUGAUGUUUUCCUCAUGUUCAAUUCGAGUAUGGAUGAAUCAGUCCCGGGUUUUGAUGUUUAUGGGACUGUCUGUAAACAGGAAAGGAAUGUGUUGCUGUUCCCGAGGAUAAAAGGUAUAUAAUAAUCAUGGACCUUUGUAUUUACAAUUAUCUUAAAAUAAUUGUACAAUACGACGUAUUUUUCCGUUUGAAUAUUAAGUGCCCUUUUCAGGCCCAAUAAGUAAAAUGAUAUCGCGAACGGAUCUACACAGUUUGAAAUCUCGAACCAAAUGUAAUUCAACUUCCACGCAGUCAAAUGAAACUUUGUAGGAUCGUAUUCUCCAUAUAUUUUUAUUAUUUCACUUUUUUUAGAAUCCAGCUGCUAAUCCAACCAGCGAAUUUAUCAUCGGCCGAAGCAACAAUAAAUGCACUGAUACUCAAAAAUAACACAGCGACUACAACAAGUAUGAACAGAAUUUAUAUCUAAAUUCUAGCAUUUAGAAGCACCAAAUACGCCGGCAGGCUCAACGACAGUUUCUGCUGGAAACAGUCAAAGCAGUUUUAGUACAGGAAGCUCGAGUUCAGGUCAGAGUUAUAAUGCGAGUCAGAGUACACUCAACGCGGCACAGACAACCACAGCAGUUAAGGCGACUGCAAAACAAAGCCCAGCAACGACUACGGCAGUAAAAACGUCUAAAAGGGCUAACCGCAAGAAACGUGAAGGUAAAUUGCAUUACUUGCUACUUUUUUGUAUUACUAUAUUUGCUACGCUUUGACCACUUUUUUUUAGAAAGUUUUUAACCUAAAGGAAUUUUUGCAUUAAAAUUUCAUUUUGUAUUCUUCAACUUUUCUAAUAACUAUUAUGACCAAUACAAGAAAUUUUUUCGAGUUAUUUUAUUCAAAGCGUAUUACAGUUCCGCAAAGUCCUCCGACGGCGCAAACUGCAGCCAGCAGCCUCGAAUUGGAUGUCAUUUUGAACGAUGACGACGAUUACAUCAACUUGAAGAUCUUUGAAGGCACUGAACUCGGGUGAGCCUGACUCUAAGAGUAAUUUUUCAAGCAUACUAGCCUUAUAUGUAUAUUCAAAUUUUAGCGAUAAAUGCCAUGGAAUGCUGAGAAUAACUUCAACUGAUUGCAUAUCGGAGCCCAAGAAGUUGGAGAGCUCAAAUGUGGUGGUAAAGCUGGAUGACGUCCUCAAGGUAUGUAAUCAAAAGGCUAAAGCGAAUUAAGACAUUUUUAGUGCCAUCAAAAACCCUCAAAGCUUCACAUCAAAGUGGAACCAUUGGAUUGCGCUGGCUCUUCCAAUAAUUAUCGACUCGAUGUCACUCCAGGAAACGUAAGGCAAAUUUUAAGGGCUUUGAAUCGCUUUUAUCAGACAGGGCGGAUAUAGGUUUCGUGAUUUCAGUCAACAACUGGAAAUCUGCUUUAUCUUUGGGUACCAUUGGCACUCCUUACAACCUGUGUUAUAAUUGUAAUCACUCUGUUCAUUGUAUAUCAGAGGAUCAGAUCGAAGCAAAGGCAUGAAUUUCAACGCCAGUCUGUCUUGUCCAGAACGUUGUCAGACCCAAAACCGGCUCGAAUCGUCCCACCAGUCUGGGAACCAUAA